AUUAUUUUUGUCGUUGCUGCAGUUGAGAGCACGCGGGCCAUUGAGGCAUUGUCCCAUUGACGGCAUUGAUUUAUUCUAGCCGCAUUGUGCAGAACCAGAGUAGUCUUUGCCACUUUGGUUCAGAAACAACAACACGAUCAUUUCCUAUACGGAUGCGAUAGCAGUCUGUUUGGAGCCGCUAGCUAGAUGAGCAGCGACUCAGGUCACUUGACGUGUCCGCAUUUUACAGUUAGUGGAUCGAUCUAGUACUGGAUCGCUGGUGUUACCACACCACUCCACCACAGGAUACUAAUAUUGCUCGUAGCGAGAGCGAUUUGGGAAAGAAUCCACGACUCUAGCCGUCUUGCUGUUCAGAUUCCUGUUGUCCGAGGCGAGCGGGAGGAGUGCAAUUGGAGGCUUGGCGGAGCCGCUGUCAGCGUCAGGAGAUAUGGCGAGCUGGCAGCGCAGUGGCUACCAGGGUGAUGGGCACUUGCGGAUAGCAGUACAUGUACAGGUAAUUCUUGUUGCCCUCCUGUGCACUUGGCCCGGCAACAGAUUGGCAUCCGCGGCUGUUGGGAAUUUCUUUGGUCCAUGCACGACAAACUGCACAACACGCAACGGCGAGGUUGUGUUUGGUGGGUUUUUCCCCUUGUACGAAUGGAGCUACAAGAACAACAGUUGCUCAGCUAAAUUUCGUCCUGAGAGCGGAUUUCAGCGUCUGGAGGCCAUGCGCUGGGCAGUAGAACGCUACACAAGCUACAGCAAUGUGAGUGUAGGGUAUGAUCUGCGAGAUAGCUGCUCCAAGGACACAAACACGCGCGAUGAAGCUCUGGACUACAUCAACGUCGGCACAAACUGCCAAGCUAGGUACCGAGACCGUCCCAUAUCCCUCGUAAUCGGCUCGGCAUCCAGCGAAGUAUCAUCGGACCUCGCCAGCCUGCUAGCUCUGUUCGAUGUGCCACAGAUAAGCUAUGCGUCAACGUCGAACGAGAUGAACAAAACUGCCAGCAGGGACCAGUCAAGGUUCGACAAAUUCUACCGCACCGUGCCUCCAGACCGAUAUCAGGUAGAUGCUAUGAUCUCGCUGAUAGAGCGUUUCAAUUGGAGCUUUGUCAGGGUAGUCUACAGCAGUGAUCCAUACGGCCAAGCUGCCUACAACUGGUUCCGCAAGCGGGUCUCUGCUGAGAACGUGAGCUUUUGCCUUGCCCAGCCAAUUGCCAUUACCAUCAAUGACAAUGUUGAUGCUAAUGUCAAGAAGGGUGCCGAAGAACUAAAUAAAGGAUACAGUGGCAACGCUACCGUCAUCAUUGUGUUUGCUCAGAGCUUUAUUGUACGUCAGUUCUUGUCUGAUGCUAAAACGGUUUUGGCAUCGGAAGGCCUCUCUCUAGCUGAUUUCACUUGGAUAGCGUCGGAUUCUUGGUCGAACAGUGUCCCGUUAGUGUGGGAAUUUCCACAGCUGGCAAACCAUCUUAUAAGCUUUCAACCACACACCGAGGUUGACAGUGAAUUUGAAACGCAUCUCGGUGGUACACAGCUGAAGAAUUUCCCGAGCGGAGCGCGUGGAGCCUGGUAUCGUUCCUACUUUAAAUAUCUGUUUCCCGAGGGAUACAAUGCGUCAACUCGCGCUCGUGAGAGUGCACGCUUCAACGUUGACGCCAAGGUGCCGUUCGUCAUCCAGGCAGUACAGAUUGGACUCCAGGCUGUCGAGGCAACCUUGCGAAAGAAGUGUAGUGCGGCGUCAUCGACUGGCGCGCUGUGUGCUGAUGCGCUGGAAACGGGCAGGCCAGUGGUAGGUGAUGACCUCAGCAUGGUGCUCUCCACCAGUCAGUUUAACACUAGCUUCGACAGUUCCCGAAUUUUCAAGUUUGAAACCGACAGCAGAUCUUUCUUGCCUCUAACGGCUAGCAACAUGUCCGUAUAUCGCUAUUCUAUAUAUCACUACCGGAAAGCAGAGACUCUAGGGAGUGGGCCCGUUGCCAUAUUCGAGAAAGUCGGGAAUUGGAGUAAUACCGAGGAUUUGAUGAUUGGAGAUGACUUUGAAGCUUCAUUCAGAAGUGUUAUCUCAAUCUGCUCAAACCCGUGUGAGCCAGGAGCUGUAGAGGAAGUUGUCACGGGAGAAAGCAGAAAAUGUUGUUGGUCUUGCGAAAAGUGCGAGAGUCCUGAGAUCGCUGACAAUAUAACCGGCACGUGCACAGCGUGUGGUCAAAAGCAGACAUCCAACGCAAUGAAUACGGCCUGUGUUGACUUGGAACCUGUGUACCUGAAGUGGGACAGUCCGUACGCUGUGGUCAUGUUAGUCAUCUGUGCCCUGACAUUCAUCAUCACCACACUUACCAUCGUAGUUUUCGCCAAGCACUGGGAGACACCGUUGGUGCGGGCGUCCAGCCGAGAGCUGAGCAUUUGCCUCUUCAUUGGGUUCUACCUGGGGAUGAUUGUGACGGUGGUGCACAUCACGAAGCCAACGGUUGCAACGUGUAUUAUCCGUCGCUUCGGUCUCGGCUUCUCGCUGUCCCUGUGCCUGUCUGCCCUGCUUGUCAAGACCAAUCGUAUUUCACGAGUGUUUAAUCGAGAUCCGGGUCGUCCUCGGCCUGCCUAUGUAGCACCGGAGUGGCAGAUCUUCUUCACGGCAGCAUUGACCCUUGUCCAGGUGCUAAUUUGCACAGUAUGGCUGGUGGUACAACCUGCAGUUAGUGAAGUUGAUGUCUCCCGUCCAAAUAUUGAAGUGCAGCUGAAAUGUGACCUAGCUCGCUCUGCGGGGUUCUACGUGUCCCUACUGUACGUGCUGCUGCUCAUGCUGAUUGUCACCAUCUACGGUGUCCGUACGCGCAAGAUCCCGGAGAACUUCAAUGAAGCUCGCUACAUCAGCUUCAGCAUGUAUACCAUGUGUACGGUAUGGGUGGGCACUAUUCCCACUUACUUUGGCGUCAAAGUGGGCUUUGAGUCCGGACUGCUUGGCUUGCCACUGAUCAUCAGCAUUUUUGCAAUGGUUGGAUUCCUGUUCGUUCCCAAGCUGUACGUUAUCCUGUUCGACUCUGAGCGCAACAACAGACGCAACUUUGUAGCGCAGAGUGGCUCCGGGUCCAACUCGGCUGCAGCACGCAAGCGAAGCACUCCCAGUGGUGGUAAAACCGGCACUGGCAGCAACAAUCACUCUUCUGGUAAUGAUCGUGCACUGGGCGGCGGUAGUGGAGGCCGAGAAAGACAAGGUGCUUCACAUGCCAGCAAGAACACAAGUCAAUGAGUAGUGCGAAGCAAAACUUUACAUAUCAUCAGUUCAGCUUUCAUACAGGCACACCUGUCUUUGGCAUUAUGGCUGUGUGGCUUACUUCGAACCUUCAGUGUGUACGGGGGAGUAUGCUCCGUUCCCUGCUUCUUCGUAAGUCAUCUACAUGUAUGCUAUAAUUAUGUUCUCAUGUCAAAGACUUACAUCAUCAUACCUGUCAGCAUCACAUCAUCAUAAUUAAGCCUGUCAGGAUGACAUCAUCAUGCUCGUGAGCAUAACAUCACCAUAUACCUGUCGGGACUACCAGCAGGAAGCACGUCUUUGUCCAGGUUCUCCUUGUGGCUGGUGUGCUAUAGAACUGAGCGAAUUACGUGAAGUGAGCUACUGUCUUGAACGUUACGUUUUCGGUCUGUCGGUCUCUCUCUCUCUCUCUCUCUCUCUCUCUCUCUCUCUCUCUCUCUCCUCUAUCUAUCUAUCUAUCUAUCUAUGCCUCCCUCUCUCCUUCCCUCCCCCCCCCCCCCCUCUCUCUCUCCAGCUUCGCCAUGAUCUCCAUUUGCUUUCAGCUUUCUUAUUAUAAUUAUUGGAUCAGUGUUCACACUGCCGCUGUGCAGUGCAUGCAUGCUAUGACCACUUGACCUGUAUGUCGCCUUUACAUUGCACUGCCAUACUACAGAACAUCAUGAUCACGUUGUUUUGUUGUUGUUGAGAAUAGCCUUUUUUCCAAUUUCCAUUACACCGUUGAACUGCAGUAUCAUGCAUGCCAGUCCUUUAUGCCCCUCAAUCCAUUGUAAAUACUUCAUUAUGAUGCAUGUAUACGCGUGACUUGAUGUGCCAGUGCUGGUAUGUCAACUACCACAACUAUUCUACUUAUGCUAGUACCUUCUGCUUUCCCUUUCAGCUUUGAGACUGGUCGUGUUGCAUGCCAUGGAACAUAGCACUUUGCCAGAGUAUAUUUUAUCCUGUAGCCAACUAUUUUCUUAUUUUUUUCCAUUUAUCCAUAGUUUUGGUAUAGCCCGCCACCGAGCUACACCGAGCUACAGCAGGCAGUCACAACGGGAGCUGUGGUCGGUAUAAUACUGUGUACUUCUGACACGCUUGUGCACACCUUCAAUUGCUUUAUACUAGUUUAUAGGUUCAUAUCAACAUACGGCGCUGAGUGCGACCUCUUUCUCAUUUUGGAAUGUUUUAGGCGCUUUUCUGGAUACAAAGGUUAACCGUGCACUGCCGGUCUCAGAAUUCAA